ACCUUUGUCCGGAGGUUGACCAGCGAAACCAGCGCCGGGCUGCAUUCUAUCCCCCACUCAAAACCUCCCGAGCUUUGGGCCCCAAGCGAAGUCCGUCAUCAUUGCUCAAUCGACGUGGAAAGAAAAGGUGGCAAGCAGACUGAGAAGGGGAAGAGGGAGAGACGCAAAAAGAUUCCCGAGAAGCUACGAGCCUAUUCGUUCGACAGACGAACUGGACGGUUCGCAGCUGUGUACAGAUCCCUGCUUGCUAGCAGAGUGAUGGUAUACUUGGAUUCCGCUUGUGGACUCAAAGUCUUACAUCGCAUCGCGUCGCAUCGUUUCUCGCUCCACGCAUUCGCACACGCGGCCGGUACACGUUCGGCCGCAGAACCAAGAGAACGUGACCAGCCGAGUUCUGGUCCGCAGGCAGAGAAAGAGUGAGAGACAGGGAGUGUGUGUGAGUAGGUGAGAGAGCUGCACUGCAGUCGGCGCUUCACGACACCCACCCACACAAGCGACGGACGACGGACAACUCCAACUACAGAACAGAGUAGAGCAGAGCCAAGCCAGCAAAGCGCAUUCCAAUCACAGUCGGAGCGUGCCGUUGCAGAGGUACCUCGACCUAACCCAACGGGUGGAAAGUCAGGUACGAAGUACCUCUACCGCAUAAGCGUUUGAGGCAUAUUUACAGGUACCAGUCUACCUCACACUCACCAACCCAAAGGCGCCGGUCGACAGAUCCAUCCUCAAACGUGCACAGCCUUGUGGGAACCAGCUAGAUUGGGCCGCCUGAGUGGAUCCUCUCAACCAACCACAGCACCUGUCAACCACCUUUUUUCUCACUCACUCCUCCUCUUUCCUUCCCUUUCCCCCUCCAGUGUCCACUCCCCCCUCCCUCUUGAGUCACAGACCCCAAUUCCAUAUCCUGGUAUCGGUCUGUCUGUCCGGUCCACACGUCCCUCCAGUGUGUUCUCUCGCUUCCCCAUCUCAACUCCUCUUUCCCGCACACUGUAGCAGCACCACAUUACAUACCAUCCAUUACCGCUCGCCGCCACUCUCUGCAGCAACCUCUCCCUCUCUCCCCAAACGUCCCCUUCCAAAAAGCUGCCGACAAUCGCGUCCCAACGAGGCCUUUCUCUGUGUCGGCGCACUUGCUCGUCGUCGCUCUUACCCAGUCGUCUUCGUCUGAACUCGAUUACACUUGCGCAGACGUGUUCGCAGCAGCGAAUAAUACCUCGUCGCACACGACUACCCCCCCGCCACCUCCAGUCGGGUGCCGUCAGCUCGCGCGUCAGCACAGCCCCAGGGCGGUGCGGUGCCUGAAAGGCUGACUUGUGAACUGCCUCGCCCCGAUUCUAAAGACAGCAACACAACACUACACACAAACACAAACACGACGCCUGUCACCCACUCGCACGCAUACGACAUCCCUCCAUCCCCGAGUGCCGGAUCCCGUUUACAUCAUGGAUCAACACGGCCAACGCGGUCGCUCUCCGUCUGCGGGCCAUCACCAGCCUCAUAUAAGACACCCGUCGCAUUCUCCGUCUCCGAAUCCGUUCCAGCCCCAUACCGAAACAGCUUCAAUUGGUCUCGGUCUCGGCUUGGAUCAAUCUGCCACUCAAGCCUUCAACGGAACCACCUCUGCCGACUUCUCCAGCUUCAACAACGGUAACAACUUCCUCAACGGCCAGCAGCCCGGCCAAUCAUCUUACAACCAAUCCGGCGCGACCUUUGCGAACCAGGGCCAGGGCAGCUUCCUCGACCCAAACUUCUCCUCGGGCGACUUCGCCUUGUUCCCCAACGCAGGUCAGGGUGAUCCGCAGUUCAACACCGGUGUCUUCGAACAGAGCCUCAACCCGGACAUGAACAAUAUGGCCAUGCCUCAGAGCCACCACUCUCCCACCCCUCCGCACCUCCUCAACCCGGACCCCCACCAGACGCCCUCCGCCCGCCAGUCUCCCGCCUUCAACCAACACCAGUUCUCGUCGCCGCCGUCGGGCCACUCGAGGCAUGCCUCGCUCGGCCCAGAGGCCGCUCUUCUACCCAACCAGCUGAACGAAUGGAGCCAGCCCCAGUUCCAGCGCCACAGGAGAUCCCCCUCCGAAUACUCGGAUGUUUCGUCGGCCGCCCCGUCUCCGAACCUCGUAAGUGCCGACAGCUUCGAUGGCCUUGACCAACGUCAUUCGCCCAUGCAGCGGCCGUCGGACCCCGGCCUUUACCAGCAGAUUGGCUUCGACAACUUUACCAUCUCGGACCCCGCGCUUGGCAGUCCUAACAUGCAGGCCCGGAGCCCCUCUCACAGUCCGGCCAUCUCCCCGCGCAUCCUUCCUCAGUCAAUGCCUGAGUUGAACCAACCGCCCAACUUUGGUCUCGGGAACCAGAAUGCUGGUUUCGUCGGCGGUAAUGGCUUUGCCGGGCAGGAGGCGUUCCCGACGCUGCAACAACCGGAGAUGCCCCAGGUCGCACCAGCCAUCAACAUCGAGUUCGCACCCACAGCAAGGCAAAAUAACUUUGAGCCUCCCAAGAACCAGAUGGAUCAGGAUUCCCUGACCCCCCCUGAACGAGGCCGUCCUCGAUCUCGACCACGCGCAGUUACGGACCCUUUCAACAAUUCCGGUGGAGGCAUGGCGCGCCAAACGUCGGUGGGUAGCUUGUCGCCUCACUUGGGGUCUGACCUGUCCGGCCGGGACUCGUCACGGUCCCUUUCUCCGCUCGAUCGGGGAGCCACAAGUCCCAGUCGCAGACGGCAGUCGACAUCGGCCGUGCCGAACAACGUGAUUGCGCUUAGGCUGGCGGAUCCCGAGUACCAAAAUUCCCAGGACAAUGGCAACGCGAAACGCGUUCAGAAGCACCCGGCUACAUUUCAGUGCACUCUGUGCCCGAAACGGUUCACCAGAGCCUACAACCUACGAUCGCAUCUACGGACCCACACGGAUGAACGUCCCUUCGUCUGUACGGUCUGUGGAAAGGCUUUCGCACGCCAACACGACCGAAAGAGACACGAGGGGCUGCACUCGGGCGAGAAGAAAUUUGUUUGCAAGGGAGACCUCAAAGCGGGCGGCCAAUGGGGUUGCGGCCGGAGGUUUGCGCGCGCUGAUGCCCUUGGUCGACACUUCCGGUCGGAGGCUGGGCGGAUCUGCAUCAAACCCCUCUUGGACGAAGAAAUGCUCGACAGACAACGUGCUUGGCAGGAGCAACGGAUGCAACAACAAAACAUGCAAAACAUGGCGGCCCAGGGUGCCAUGGGUAUGGAACCAGGCUACCCUAUGGACGCCAGCGGACAGUACAUGUUGCCGGCCGCCCUGCUUGCUCAAUACCCAGCGCUGGCUCAGAUGAACUGGUCAGGGCAGGACGCGAGCAGCGGUCUCGAAGACGACAUAUCAGGUCGGUCGUCUUUCGACGCUAGCGAUUAUGAAGGCGACGACGGGGGUUACGUCAGCGGGCCUGGUACGGGUUUCGGUGAGGGAGGUAUGGGCCAGAACUUUGGCGAAGUUGGUUACGCUAGUGACUACGGUGGUCGGUAACGAUGGACGUGUUGAGUGAAAGUUUUUUUCUUUUCUUUUUUACGUCUUCUUUGUGCGGCCAAUCGCCUGCGACGCAUACUUUUAAGUAUUCGAUUAUUUCUGGGGAACGGGGCGCUUCAUGAACGAGCGUCUUGUUGUAAGGGAACAUUGCUAUCAACGCUCUCAGAAGGCGCUAAGCGGAUGGUCUGGAUACGGGGUUUAGAACGCGUUGCUAUAGAUACCAUUAUGACGAUAUUCACAU